UCAAAACAAGGAAAUAGUAAAUAAGAAACUAAUAUGACCAAGUAAAGAACGUAUAAUAUUUUAACUUCUAGCAGCAAUGUAAUUAAAAAUAUAUAAAUCGAAAAUGUUAGAUUAAACAUUUUCUUACUAAGUAUUAGCGAUUAUAAUAAUGGAAUAAACUCAAUACUGGCUAUUAUAGUACACAUUUUGCCAGCCGUGCGUUCAGUUUCUUUUCAAUUGUUUCGUUGAAACAAGGGUGAAGACUUUAGAGUUGAUAACACAACUGUAAACGUCAUACUCUUAGUUUUAGCGAUGUCGUCUCCCCAAGAUACUUCCGAAUCAUCAGCAGCUCAGGACGCUUUAAGUUUAAGCUCUUCGGCCAGAUUUAGUGAAAGGUUUUCUUGUUUUGGAAGGUCAUGCUCUGAAUGGACCUUGCUGGUUUUAUCAAUGAUGAAUGUCUUCAUCAUAAUCGGAAUAUCUGCUAAAGAGCUCCACUCAUCAUUAUCACAGAGAACUUGUGAUCCCAGCUUUAUCUUCAGUAUUGCAGUUUUGUUUGCAGCAGGGUUUGGAUCUUGCUUCAUCAUACACGGUGUGUUGUGUCAGCGAGCUCACAGUGUCUACCUACAUCUGGCUUCUGUUUUUCUAGCUGUAUCGUACAGUAUUGUUGAUUAUUAUUUUAAUGUAGAACAUCGAGAUAAUUUUAAAAUUGCUAGAAUGGUCAUUGGUGUGGUUUUAGGAAUGAUUAGUAUAUAUAUAGCUAUGAAGGUUACCACUAGGAACAGGUGGACAGAAUUCACAAUAAUCGGAGCUUCAGAUGGACUAUUAGAAAUGUAUAAGAAACUAUGUUAUUUUCUGAUGCUAUUAAAGCUGGACUUUGAAGCAGGAAUUCUCCUUGGAAUUUUCAGUUUGACAGAAGCCCUGGAAAAUAAAUUACAUAAUAUUCUUCUCCUCACUGGGAUCUUAGUUUAUUCACUGGCCAUAUGUAUCAUUGGUAGUAUUGCUGUUAAGAAGGAGUUAAAGGCUCUGGUUUUCCUUUUUAUUGUACUGAGUUUUGUUCUUCCUGUCUGGGUUCCUUUUCAGGUUAUGUAUUUUGAAUGCCCACUCCAGAACAGUUGCUCUCAUGAAGAUAUUGUUUUGGCUUACACAAGACUUGGAGCUGGAACUUCUGGCAUUGUUCUGCGAAUUUACAUCUGCAUAGAAGUGAUGAAAGUGUACAAAAACUUUGGAUAUGGCCUUACGGAUCACGCCUUUGCUGGACUUGUGGCUUCAGAGUCGACUAAUUUGUUAUCUCGACCUAGAGCUCUGAACAUGUGACCCCCAGUGGUAUAUCCAGUGAACAGGAAAAGAUCAGUCUGUGCAUUACAAGGAACCUUUCUUCCAUGUUUAGUUUGCUUGUUGAUGACAUUGUAUUGUUUCAUAACGCAACUUUUCAGUCAGUCUAAUACCCAAAUGGACGAGAACUCCCAUCAUACGACGUAUACGUGUAUGUUAUGAAUCCUGCAAAACCUCUCAUCCUGACAAAAACAAAUGUUUGUUGAAAAUUUUCGUUAAACUGAUGUAAAAAGUCAAUAAUCAUAGUCGUGCUGUAAAACUUCCAUUUUUAUAGAAUUGUUAUCAUCCAUAAUUUCAUGUCUUGUACAUACAUACACACACACCUUAUAUAGAUUAUGUUGUAGUAUCAGUAUUGAAAGGAAUGGGGUAGUUCUUCCAUAUGGAUGAUACAGAUUCAAAAUUGAUUGAAUGUCCAAUAAAAAAAAAGUUACUUUUUUUUUUCGUUUUUCAUUUUCUAAGAAAAGUAUGCGGUGAAAAUUGUCUCACAGGGCAUCCUCAAAAAUGUAUCCUACGGUUCUCCAAAUUUGUGUUUGAGCUAUUCUUUUGAAAACUUACUGAGAUAGAAGAGUAUAAAUUCAAAAUACUGUACGUACAUACGCACCAUUUAUGAUCUCGGGAAGUUACAAUUGAAAGAUAAGAUGAAUUUGCAGUUUAACAUCACCUUUGCAAGGGAGUUAGAUGUUGAGCUUGCUUUUGAUCCUUACAGUAACAUCAGAAAAUUGCUUGAAAAUGUUGACUUCAUUGUUCCUAUUGUAAGCCCAUCUUAUUUGCAAGAAAUUGAGCCUGUUGACAUCCAGACAAGAACCACAGAUAGCCUCCAUGUCCGUUACAUUUUCCAGCAUUAUCAAAAUGAGUAUGCUAAUAAAGCUUGUCUAAAUUAUAAAAUACGGCCGAAACAAAAUGUUUAACUUCAUGUCUUUCUGUUUCUGUUGUAUAGAUGUGGAUAUAAGAACAGGAAUCAUAAGUAAGGAAGUGAAACUUAGUCUGACUGUAUUGGAUGAAUGAUACCAUAAUUACCAAAACUUGCGAUACAUCUUUUUUUUUCCAUGUAACUCACCUAGGUAAUCUCACUUGUGUACCGUUGAGUUUAAUAAGUCUAUGAAAAAGUUCAAAGAAGCAAAUUUUUAUACAGAAUAUUAUAUUUUAUAUACUAGUACAUACAUUGUUAAUUUGGUCACUCACUCUCUCUUUAAGCAUAGCUCUGCUUUUGAGUUUAGAUGACAAUCCGAGGUACCCGUUUCAAUAAUCAAGUACCUUUUUGUAGUAAUCUCAAAUGUAUAUAAUAACUGUCUCCCCUUCCCCUUGAAAAAAAAAAGUCUCAAAAUUGCUGCUUUUGAAGUUAUCACCAAAUUAAUGUAAAUAUAAAUGUUAGCCAUUGUUGGUAUGAAAAUAAUUUUUAUUGAGUAAACAAAAUCGAGAUAAUAGUUGAAGGUUUACAAAUGUAAUUGGGAAGGUGGUGUUUGUGAUAUUGAAAUGUGAUUUCUACCAAAGGUUCUAUUAAGUCUGGUAAAUCUGUUUCAGAACUGUAGAUGGUGUUUACGUGAAAUUAUGGUAGAAGAAACUAUGAAGCUGUGUGGUUCUUACUGGUUUUUAAAUCAUCUGAGUAUUUAUUUCUGUUGUAUUUUGUUAAUAUAUUGUGCACCAUUCUAUAUACCAUUUGGUGACAUCCAUAGUGUAAAUGAAGUGAUUAAAGUAGUCCAAUUAUUUAGACAAUAAUUUGACAAAUUAACAACACCUUUUCUAUUUGUGUGUGUGUGUGUGUCUAUAUAUACAUGCCAUUUUAAAUUCUUUUACUCUUGCUCUAGCUAAAGAAUCCUGUAUAUAAAAUUAAACCACUAAGAAAUCAUCCUUCUAUAAAGGCUACUCUUAUAAACCACCAGGUACCAAAAUAGUGACUUUUUUGUUCUCCUCUCAUUAUCAGUUAACUCUAAAAAAUACUUAAGAUUUCAUGGUAGUUAAGGGGAUCUAGGAGUAAGCUGAUUGAUGAACUCCUCUUGUUAGCAAACAUAUGUUAAUAACAAUGCACACAGUAUAGGUGUCCUCUCCCUAUCGAUAUAUCCAGAUAAUUUCUUUAACAUACUCCAGUGUAACUCAGUGGAUUGAUAUAGUAUACUGAUUAUUUUUUGAAUACUGAAAUGUUAUGACUAAUAUACGAAAUGUACACACAUGUUCAUGAAUAAUUGUAUUUAGAAAACAUUUAAACUUUAUGAACUUGAAGGAAAUUUCUGUUGUUUUUUUACUACAAGUAGGGGGAGUCACCUGUUUGUGUGAAAAACUGAUAUGUGGUGAAUUAGUUUUCUAAUGUAUAUUUGUGCAGUUUUUUUUAUUAAAUAAAGAUAGGUCUUAGUAUUACAUCAACAGGUGAUACACUAAACAAUAUAUGUGUGAAACUACAGUGCUCUAAACAAUAAAAAAACAUACUGAUUUUGUGAUAUUUUAGUAAAAUAAUGUCCAUCACCUCUGAACCCUAAAUUUGAGAUGAACUGAAAUGUAUAUUAUUGGUUAUUUUUUGCAUUGAAAUAGUUGACACACUAAACAGUAUAUUAUAUUGUAUGACACCUAAUUAUAAAAUAAUAUAAUAAAAUUAGUUGUAGAAAUGUUUACAGAGAGCAAUUAAUAAAGUGAAUUUCACUAA